AUCUCGUUACGCCAUUUUUGUUGGGGAGCAGUCGUGUCCAGAAAAGGAGGAUUAGAUUCAGUACAGGUACAUCAAACGGUACCUUAUAUAUUUAUCUCUUUGAAUAGUCUGGCGAACGUGACAUUACUAUCACACCCACAAUGUCGUCAGAAAACCUGGACUCGGACACUCAGGUGGACUACGAGGACGAAAAACAGGACUCCCAGGAGAAGAAUGCAAACCCGGUGAAGGCAGAAGAGGCAAAGCUGAAAGCCAAGUACCCCGGCCUGGGCCAGAAGCCCGGCGGCUCAGACUUUCUGAUGAAGAGACUACAGAAGGGGCAAAAGUACUUCGACUCGGGCGACUAUAACAUGGCCAAAGCGAAGAUGAAGAACAAGCAGCUUCCCGUGGCGGGGCCCGACAAGAACCUGGUGACUGGCGACCACAUUCCCACGCCGCAAGAUCUGCCACAGAGGAAGUCCUCCUUGGUGACCAGCAAGCUAGCAGGCUAGCCUCCACCAUCGUAGAAGCACCCCCCCCCGACCCCGCCCCCGGGGAUCCCAGCAAAUGUCCGUCGUCCUCCUCACCCAUAUCCCCAAUAUGCCCCACCACCUCCCCUCUCUUCCCUUUUCAUCCCCAGGCACCACUGGCUUUAAUAUGUCGGGCAGAGUUGUGUAAGUUAAAACUCCAUUUGCUUGUAUGUGGGUGGGGCGGGGUGGGAGGGAUGGAGGUUUAGGUGGCCCAUGAGGUCGCAGCCUUCUCUGCCCUCCCACCACGCACAGCUCUGCCUCCUCUGCGCACUCGGCUCUACCGCCUCUCUUAUAUCUUGGUUUUCAAUGUUCCAAGAUGCAGAUCACAGUAGGCGUGUGUCAUCAGGCAGGGGUUGGAUGGGGUGAGUUAAUGCACUUUGUAGUCUGUAUAGUAUGCUUUGUUUGGGGGUUUUUUGCAUCCUAAAUGACACCAAAAUAAUGUGUGUAAGGGAAUUAGGAACCAUGAUUGCAGCGUGUUCUUUGAUCUUUAUGUUCCCUAUCUAUCCUGGUGGCUGGCUUCAGUGGGAGGAGGAAAAUGUAUGUGAAUAAUUGCUUGUACACCAAAUCUGCAGCUGCCUAGCUUGAGAGUUCUUUAGCAUUCGCUGACACCAUAUUGGGAAAUGGGGGAAAUGAAUGGAGGCUUCCUUUCAUCUCAUCCUCCUGUCACUUUUCGUCGAACAAACCCAGAGGUCAUCUGCUGCAGCUCAGCCAAACAGGGAUUUUCCCCCUCUCUGCUCCUGUUGCUUUAAUUCUUGACUCCCUUUGCUCCUGUUCUCUCUCUAAAUAUGCUGCAUGAUUGUAACAUGUAACAAAAAAAGAAAUGUAACAUGUUUUUUAACGGGAGCGGGGCAUCUGCUUAAUGGUAGGAAGUAUCAAAACAAACACACACAAAGCCCUGAAACAUCCACAGUCACACUUCCUUCCCUCCUUUCCUGUUUGCUGUCCUGACAAUCCAUAUACACAUGCACCAGUUAGGGGCCCAGGGCAAGAGCCAGCUGAGUAUAUCCUUGUAUUAUUUUUAAUGGCUGGGAACCCUGCCGAUCUCUGAGUUUAGUUUUAGUGUGGUUGCUGUUGAGUUUCAUCAAGACUUGUGUUUACUAUGAGCCUAAAAGAUUUGUGGGUGGAUUGAAGGACCAUGCAUAGAGUGUAUGCUUCUGUAAAUAAUACUCAAACAGUCACGUAAUUUGCGAUAAGUCUGGCACUUUGAGGACUGGAUCAGCUAACAUGCCUGAGAGAAGUGGUUGUGCUAAAUCGACUCACUUGGGAUUACAUCUUGGGAUUUCUGGCUUGGAAGUUCUGUGCUUUAGCAACUGAGCCACAUUUCACACUGCAGCUAUUGGGCUCAGAGACCGUGGGUACCCUUGUCAUCUGGUUCUCAUAGUGAUGUGAUGAGGCAAACUAAAGCCCUGUUCUGGCUCGCAAUGUUUGGAUCUCAUGGAGGUAUGAAAAGUGAUGUAACCACCAUCCAGACAAUUUACUUUUUAAACACAGAUCCAAACAGUUAGCAUUUUUGUGUCAGACAUGAACAAGUGCAUUUUGACACGAGUGCUAUAUCAGAUCACAAAAGUCCCAUUAAAAAGACAAAGUAACACAGAUAUAGCCUUUGUGUUCCACAAUAACAAAAAUGUGCAGUGAAAAUUGUUUUCAGACAUGUAGGACAGAGUGAAAGAAUUGUUCUUUUUCUAGCUGCUUGUUAAAGCUAAAAAGGGACAAUGAUUUCUCUUUUUUUUUUUUUUUCUCAAUGUUUUAACACUUUCAGAAAAUAUUGAUCACAGUAAGAUGUUGUGGUUCCUCUGACAUAUUGCCCUCCAUGGCAGUUCAAUUAUGAAACACUAUCCUAAUUAUAAAAAAAAAAAAUGCUACUUUACUAUAGUAUAGACCUACUACCACUACCUGCGCACCAGAGAACAUUAUUUUUACCACCAAACUGACACACUGCACAGACUGAUCUUUGAUCUCAGGGGUGUCAGAGGGUAAACAGCAGGCAACCUGACAACCACAGGUGUCAGCCCUGCUGUCAAGAUCGUCACCGUGGGCUUAAUGUGGGACCCUGCGUGCCUGCUGGAUGUGCUCACUCCAACACUUGGCAAAGCAGAGAGAGAUUUUAUAACGCAUGGUGAGGGGGCAGUGUGAGCCCGUGCUCUAAUCUCUAGUCCCACCUGUUACUGUGGUUCGACUUCUGAAAGAGGUGAAUGGUGCGAUCAACAAAUCUGCAGACUUUGAAUGCGUGCCGUCGACACAGUCAAGAAUCUGAACUGGAUGCUGGCGCUCGCUGAGAAUCAGCCUCCUUGUAUAAUAAUGCUUCAGGGAACCUUCACAAAUGCACACUCCACCAUAUAGGCUAGGUGAUAGGGUGCAUGCACCAUCACAUCCUCAACCUCACUUGUUUUUCAUUGAGACUUAAAAAUGUGUCAAAUUUGCCGUGUGCAAAAGAGAACUGACCUGUACGUAUGUGCUUGUUAUGGUGUUGUAUGAAUGCUCUGCUUUUCUCUGUUCCAGCCAUUGUAAAUAGACUUCAACAGGAAGGGAUUUUUGUGUUGUUUCCCACCUGCUUUUCAAUUUUUUUUUUUUUUUUUCUGAUUCAAUGGUUCCGCUCUCCUUUCAUUUUAACACUACUUCUGCUUCAUCUUAGUGAAUUACAGGGGCUAUGUGAAUCUGUAUCAUAUGAAAAUAUGUGUAAAUGCUGCUGUAUCAUUCAAAGACAAAUCUAAGAGAUGAUACCCUGUAAAGAACACCUGUCCUCUUGAUUCUACCAGUCCGACUCUACUCUCCCCAAGUAUCUCUGUUUCAGAGUCAUAUAGCUCCUGUGUCAAAGUCCAUCCAGUUGAGACUGCGGUAAAGCGGAAUGUAAAUACUACACUACAUUUUAAUGGAAAAAAUACUAAAAGAAAAGGUCUUGAACACUUUGUCACUUUGACAUGAAUAUACAAUUUAGCAUCACAUCAUGGGUUUAAAAGCCUACAGUUCCCUGCUUUAAGUAAAGAUUACUAGAAGAAAUGGGGAAAAGAUACAACAUGUUCUAUGAAACAACAGUGGACAGGAGUUCUUGAAUGCUACUUGAUGUUUGGCUUUGCACAGAGAGAGCAGUUCAACGAGAGGAAAUAGCAGGGUAUGUUUCAAACCCAGCACACAGGGUGUCUCUCGUUCAGCUAUGAUAAACACGUGCCAGAAUGUAUAAUGAAAUGACAGGCUGUGUGCUCUGAAGUACUUUUGUGCUGCUUUUACCUUAUCUGUUUUCUUGUUGUUUUGCAAGUAUUAUUUUUUUUCCUCUUUGUUUUCUUGUGUUCUCUUAUUACAUAAUUAGUAUAUUUCAUCCUGGUCCAAGAUAACUGCAGGGAAAUCAGAGGCACCCUUGCUUCCAAGAAAAAAAAAAGGGUUUACAAGAUAAAGAGAAUGACUGGAGAACACAGGAACGAUUUUAAGACUUCAGAAAGUACAGGAGUACUUCGAAUGUUUCAGUUGUGUGGGAAUUGGUAAGAGGAUUUUUGUCAGUAUUUGAAAUAAACUUUUACAUUAAUAAGA